AUGGGUCUCAUGGAGACGAUAGCAUCUCUGAAUCUGCAGGAGGAGACCUUUCCUUCCUACCAGGACUUCGUUUUCCUUCCCCUCCUCGUCACCUUCUUUCCCACCGUGAGGUUUCUGCUCGACAGAUUCGUCUUCGAGGUAAGCUGCCUUUUGUUGGUCAUAAAUAGAAUUAAUGAGUCCGUAAAUUGAAGAUUAAAAUGUUACUUUAGAACGUUUAGGUUCAACUGUCUCUGGGUUCUUUGAUUAAGAGGAAACGGCUCUUCCCUGUGGUAUCAUUGGUUUCUAAUGAUUGAUGGGGUGGAGCAUAAACAUUACGCUUGGUCGGGAAGCAUAUAAUCUUUGGAAACUUUAGCCAUGGGUAAUAGCGUGUCUUGGUUCGUGCAAAUAUUAUUUAUUCGGGGUCAUCUCUGUUUAGGAAAAUGAACGACCCAAUAAAUACAAGUAAAGUUAUGCCUUAAAAUGUGUCUUUAUUUCUAGUAUACUGAAUUUAACGAAAGAGUCGUGUUGUGGUCACAUUUUUCUUUUCGGUCUUCAUUAAAAGUCAAUAUUAUACGGUUAAUGUUGGAGUUGUAGAUAUGACGACCAGAAAUGAAUUUACCCCAUUUAGAAUAUAUGGGUAUUAAUCAUACAGACUGAAUAUGCCAUUUAUGAUCUCUUGUGGAUGUUUUGAUGAAACAUUGCAUUUUUAGUCAAUGGAAGAGGGCGAGCAGGUAGUGGAGAACCGGACUUUGUUGGCAAAGUCGAGGAGGACCAUGUAAUAGAAGGGGAAGGUGUGUCGGAAGGUAGAGAGUGGGCAGACUCUGGAUAUGAAGUGGGCUUGUGGAGAUGAAUGACGGGUAGAUAAUGAUCGAUUUCUUAAAGGAAUAAGUCCAUCAUUAUAUAUGUCUAUAAUUUAAGAUGGCUUAGGACGACCAUAUUCCUUGGAUGAUUUUCAUUAUCAGAGACAUCAGUUAUUUCCCGCUACUUCUGAAUAUAAUAGAGAAGCUUUGGCAUCUUUGCCUUCGAACGGAACAAAAAAAUAAAGGAAUUGGUGGAGAGAAAUUUAAUUCUGAUGUGGUAUUUAGUUCCUUGAUCAAAUAAAUAAUGCUUUAUUUUAUUUAUUGAGCGGAAACUUAUCCCUUUUUCCACGUGAUGAUGUUAUAGUGUAAUUUUCUUUUCCAAUUAGGGCACAAAGAGAAACUCUUAUGCGCUACUUUCUUCUCCCAUCAGAAGGUCAUAAGCUUUUAUUUGUCUAUAAUCUCCACUGUUGCACCUAAAUGUCUGUCAACUUUACCAAUGUACAGAGAAUAGCGAGGCUGUUUGUUCUUGGGAAGGGGCAUGUGAAGGUUGACGUUGAGGCAUAUGGGAGAAGAAAAUUGCUCAACAAAUUCAAAGAAUCAGCGUGGAAGUUUGUUUACUUUCUGUCAGCAGAGAUAUUCAUCCUAGCAGUUACAUACAAUGAACCUUGGUUUACAGAUACGACGAAGUUUUGGGUGGGGCCGGGAGACCAGAUCUGGCCCAAUCAGCGAAUGAAGUAAGGUCUUUUACAUUUCCCCCCUGUUCUUUUUACUUAAUAUUUCCUUAGUCAUCAAUUCGUGUGUCACGAUACUAUAAUUCUAUGAAAGACCUGUCCUUGUACACAACGGAUACAAAAUCUGUACCAUUUAUUUUCUUAUUUUGGAUAUAAUUUUCGCUCCAAAUAGUUGAUGCUUAUGGUUUUUACUGCAAUCCACGCCACAUAAAUAUUGAUCUGCUCGUAUUUAAUAUUUUAACUUAAUUGAAAAAUGUCUGUUGUCUGGUUUCAACGAUUUUUUUAUGAUAUUUCAGCACACAAUUUCAGUAUUUAGCCUCACUGCUGAUUUUUUACUUAUCCGUGUAUAUGCAUAUAUGGUACACUUUGUUUAAUCUGGGAAGUGUUUGAUUGCUUUGUUGGGAUGGAGUACUGAUUGAUUAGAAUCGUCAAUCAUGUAUUGCUCAUCAUAAUAUGUAAACAAUAUCGAUUGAUUAAUUCUUCCUACGCUCAGGUUGAAACUCAAAGCAGCAUACAUAUAUGCUGGUGGAUUUUACACGUACUCAAUAUUUGCAUUGCUCUUCUGGGAGACAAGGCGGUCAGACUUUGGAGUAUCAAUGUCUCACCAUGUGGCAACUGUGAUCCUCAUCAUCUUAUCUUACGUGCUCAGGUAUGCAGAUGAAUCUAACCGAUGCGUUUUUUUUUCUUAUGUGAUCCUCAUCAUCUUAUCUAUCUAUAUUCUGGUGUUAUUUUUUCUUAUAGAGCCCUUUUGAUUAACGAGAUGAAUAAGAGAGAAGUAAGAUUUUGACCCCAGGAGAAGAAAUUAAUAGGAAGAAUUUGUGUGAAGAAGAACAGAUCUGUGUAAUGACAUCAUAGUAUGAGGAACUCAAUGCUGUAUACUCUGCCUCAUAUUUUUCUGAAGACAAACAAAGAGGACCAUAUUUUGGCGAUUUUGUACUGGAGUGAAACAAAUACAUCGUUGCCAUCAACAUUCUUGUUUUCACAGCAGUAUGCUGUUCAUAUGUUUUGACAUUUUUUUUUGAGUGACGAAUAAUAAUUAUCGAGUUCCUGCAUUCAUUUCUUUCCUUUUCUACACUCCUUCCAGAUUCUCUCGGGUUGGCUCUAUGGUGUUGGCACUUCACGAUGCGACUGAUAUUUUCAUGGAAAUGGCAAAGAUGUCCAAAUAUAGUGGCUGUGAUGGGCUCGCUCAAAUUUUUUUCGUCAGUUUUGUUAUAGUGUGGGUUCUUCUUCGCCUAACGUACUUCCCCUUCUGGAUUAUCCGAAGCACCAGGUGAUUUUAAAAAAUAAUACUUUCAUAAUUAGCAGAAAGUGUGUCAAGGAAAUAGUUGAAGCAUGACUCGUAACAUUUAGUCAACCGCAUAAACUUGUAUUGAUUUGUUCUUUCCGUGUGAUGUUUAUGUUGCUCAAUUUUUUUGAAAAAGCAUUGAUUAUAUAAUCAGUCGUCUCAUGGAAAGCUCGGUUGAGUAUUGCAUUUACAUCUGUCAGCUAUGCUUUAUCCUAAAAAUUAUGGCAAAAAUUAUGCUUUGGUCAUUAGCAGAAAAAACAUAAAGGAAGAGGCUGAAGCCUGACACAAAACUGAAGUAAUUUUUAAUUGAUUAGUUAUUUACAUGCUUUAUUUUGUUGGGUGGUAAAACAUCUGAUAUGAUGGAGCAUCUUUGUUAAAAAAAACAGAUUACUGCAUGCGUCUUCUCAAGGAAAGUCUGAUUAAAGCAGUGCAUCUACGUUUUUCUUCUGCACUGUAUCCUUAGGUUCAUUGAAAAAGUUCUCUUUUGGUAGGCGUUGAACCUAAUAUCCUUCGAGUCAGCCUGCAUUUUUAUUAAAAAGAGCUAAACGCCCAAAACCAUACUGAAUUUCUUGACCAGAAUCUAUUUUAGUGAUGAAACUUUAUCAUGUUUAUCAUGCAUAUUCUUUGAUAUUUCAAAUAUUAAUUAAUCUGAUAUACGAGAAUCUCUCUGCUCUUUUUCCUCCGUAAAUUCGUUAAUUAUUGUUUUUGUUAGAUGUUGAAACCCUAGUGCCCCUUGGAAUCGGCCUGCAUUUUUAAUUAAAAUGGCAAAACGUCCGAGAUCAUAUCCUCUUUCUCGACAAAAACAUAUCAUUUUUAUCACUUAAAUUUUACACCAUGUCGCAUAGCUUUAGACAUUGUACUGCCACACCUCAUCGUCAAUUCAUUAAUUUUUUUUAAUUUUUUCUAAAGACGUUUAAACAUAUGCAUCACUUUGAAAUCAGCGUUCAGGGUACAUUUUCACCUAGUUUUUUUAAUCAUCCGAACUCCCUUCCUCAUUCUCGACGAAAAUCUUUCAUUUUUGUCAACGGAGUUUUAUCAUGUUCACCAAUCUGACGGUCAUCCAUCAUCCUCCGAGACUCAGUUCUUCCUUCAUUCUUCAUUUCCUCGCAGCUAUGAGGUUGCCUUGAGAUUUGACAGGGAGAAGCAUAGACUGGAGGGGCCUGUAUACUACUACAUCUUCAACACUCUUCUCCUCUGCCUGCUCUUUCUUCACAUCUACUGGUCAGUCUUGAUCUUCCGCAUGAUUAUGAGGCAGCUACAAUCGGGCAGCAUUGGGGAUGACGUCCGCUCCGGUACAAGCUCUGGUCAUCUCCUCUUCUCUCACAGCAAGAACUACGUUAAUUGGCUUUCUUUGAAUUACAUCACUGCUCAUUGCAGAUUCUGAAGGAGAGGACGAGCAUGAAGAUUAA